CCCUCAGGGCGGCCCGGCGUGGGGCGGGCUUCCGGGCCGCGGGGCGGGCAGCGCCGUCCUGGCCGUCCUGGCCGCCCUGGCCUCCCUUGCCCUGCGCCGCGUGCUCACCAUGAGCGACCCCGCGGCGGGGCGGCUGCUGCGGCCGCUGGCAGCGCUGGCCCUGGUCCUGGCGCUGGCCCCGGGGCUACCUGCAGCCCGGGCGGGCCAGACGCCGCGCCCCGCCGAGCGGGGGCCUCCGGUGCGGCUCUUCACCGAGGAGGAGCUGGCCCGCUACGACGGCGCGGAGGAAGAUCAGCCCAUCUACUUGGCAGUGAAGGGAGUGGUGUUUGACGUCACUUCCGGAAAGGAGUUUUAUGGACGAGGAGCCCCCUACAAUGCCUUGACUGGGAAGGACUCCACUAGAGCGGUGGCCAAGACGUCCCUGGAUCCUGCAGAUCUCACCCAUGACACGACUGGUCUCACAGCCAAGGAGCUGGAGGCCCUGGAUGAUGUGUUCGCCAAAGUGUACAAAGCCAAGUAUCCUAUUGUUGGCUACACAGCCCGGAGAAUUCUCAAUGAGGAUGGAAGCCCCAACUUGGACUUCAAGCCUGAAGACCAGCCCCAUUUUGACAUCAAGGAUGAGUUCUGAUGUUCUGUCUGCAGGAGCAGCCUCUUGGGAGGGCGAGGCAAGAAGAGACUCAAGCACUAAAUCUCCUGCAAAAUAGGCUGCCUGAAGUGAAGACUCUAAGUCACCUGGAUAUGAAUAAAACAGAUCUUAACUUGGAA